AUGGAGCAACUUUCUGCGCGAGAAGGUAUACUUGAAGCCCUGGAUGGGCGAGAGUUCCGCAUUGCAGACCUCUCCGCGUUAUUUUCAAACUGGCCCCAGACCGUUAGCCCUUGUCUUGAUGAGUUGCGUGGCCUGAUACCCGAGAUAUUGAUGAGUCUCACGACCUCUUCUGAGAAACUUUUCAAGCUGAACAAGGCCGAUUUUGCGCUCUUCGCAACUUCGUGGUGGCCGGACGCGCCAUUGGGGAGAGCUCAUAUCCUGGCCUGUCUUGUUGUCUGGGUGAGAAGUCUAAGAUCUAAUAGGAGAGAGAUUGAUGCCGAAGUUGGUACUAUGGCAAGAGACUUGAAGGGGGCUCAGGAGUUCCGCGACGAGACGACCGAGUUUAUGAGGCAGUACCUCGGGCUCUGCGAGCCAAAGGUAAAAACACCACGCAGCAGGAUCAUCGCCUUCUUCAAGGUGAUCGGCGACGCCGCCUGCGAAACGUAUUCGCUCGGACACCGCAAGCUUCUUUUCAGCGAGCUCGAGUUCUUCAUGAAGACUUCAGAGCUGGAACAGAGACGACGUCUGAGGGUCGAUCUGCCCACAUUGGAUGAAUAUGUAUCGUGCCGCAUGGGAACAAGUGCCUGCAAUGUCACGACCUUUUUCAACGAAUUUUCCAUAGGAGUCACUAUACCGGCGCAUAUACUCACGAGCCCUAGCAUGCGGAGGCUAUGGGAUGCGACCAAUACCAUUAUCUGGGCUGUCAACGAUCUGCUCUCCUUGAAGAAGGAGGUGGCACAACAAACAGUGGAUAGCCUGUUGCCAUUGCUCUUCUACCAAUACGGAGAUCUGGAAAGAUCGGCCCAGACGGCCAUCGACCUCAUCGCAGCUAACGUGGCAGAGUUUGACAUGGUCGCGGAGAGGCUGCUGGAGAGGUGGCGUACGGACGACAUCGCCGACUCCCUGAGAUUAUACAUCGACGCUUGCAGAUACAACUGCACUGGGAAUUUGCACUGGAGUCUACGUACUGGGCGGUACGGAAUCCACCAGGAAGCCAUAUCGAAGGGUAUUAUCGUCCGUCUCGAGUCGAAGAUCUAG